AUGACUUCUAAAAAUAUAAGCCCUAUCAAAACUUUGAAUCCAAACCAGAAUAAAUGGACAAUCAAAGGCAAAGUUACUCAUAAACGCCCUAUUAAGGCAUAUCGCACAGCCACAAAAAAUGGCCAUGUGUUUAGCUUUGACAUUGUUGAUUGUGAGGCGUGUGAAAUUAGAGUCACAUGUUUUGAUGAAAUAGCUCAGUUACACUCUAACCGGGUGGACGUAGGUUCACAUUAUAUUAUUUCAAAGGGAUCCAUUAAGGAAGCAAACGUGAGGUACAACAAACUAAACAGUCAUUUAGAAAUCAUCUUGUUUGAUGCAUCCAUACUGAAACGGUGCACCAACGAAGAACAAGCAGAUCAACAACAUCCUCUUUUCACGCCCAUUAGUGAAUUGUUUCAUCUAACAAAUAACAUGUUGGUUGACAUAAUUGGCCUUGUUUUAUACAUUGGAGAUAUCAUUCCAAUACACAGGAAAGAUGAUAGUCAAACACAAAAGCGUGUUGUGAAAAUUAAUGAUCUGCCUGGUUCAACAAUUGACAUCAACCUAUGGGGUCCAAUGGAAGGACAAAAAGGCCUAGAAUUGAAAAAUAUGUUAACCAAUGAUAGUGUGGUUAUCCUUGCUUUGUGUAAUGCUCGUGUUGGCUAUUUCAAUAGGAAGCUUAUAAACAUAACAGUUGCGACCACAUUACAUAUCAACCCAUCUUUUCCGGAAGCAGAACCUCUAACAUUAAGAGGAAAGGACCCUUUGCUUGUUGUACCCUUUGUUGCAGAAACUAUCCACAUAGAUGGGAAAUAUACUAGAAUGACUAUUUCUUCAAUCCGUGAGAGGAUGAGUGUCAAACCAUAA